UGCACUGUGGCUCUCACUUUCUGUAGGCCGGUGUCGAAAGUCGCGCCGUCGCUCCGUCCUCCCUCGGAGGCCGUCACAGCUGAUACGACGCCCGCGGAAGGAGGACAUCGCAGUGUUUGCUAGCGGUGAGUGGACGCUCUAUCUCGCUCGUCUCGUGCGACGAGGGUACCUGUGCGCCACAGUUUCAAAGUAGCAGCUGCAGCGCAGGAAAUCAAGGCGCAACCCACAGGAACCGGCACAAUGACCACUGCCACCAGCAACAAACUCCAGCCCAUCUUCCAGUUGAUUGAUGGUAUCAAGAUACCGCUCGGCUUUGACGGUGAAAAACUGCGUUCGGCUCUGAAGUACCAGGCCUCGAGCGGUGACAUUUUCAUCGACACGUUCCCCAAGUGUGGAACCAACUGGACCAAGCGCAUUGUGGAAUUGCUGAUUGGCGGCGAAGAUGUUGCGUCUCAGAAGGACGGCUACGGCCUAGCGACCACAUUCUUCGAGAUGGUGGGCAAGGACACCAUAACAGCUCUGCCAGAGCCGAGGAUUGUCACUACGCACCUUGCAUACCAGCUCGUCCCGAAGCACCCGGAUGCAAAGUACAUAUACGUGGUGAGAAACCCCAAGGACUGCUGCGUGUCCUUCUUCCACCACACUAAGAAGACGAAGGCGUACCACUUCGAGCAAGGCACAUUCGAGGACUACCUGCAGCUGUUCAUAAAGGGAGAGACGAGCUUCGGUGAUUACUUCGAGCACUUGGUCUCGUGGUACCCUCACGUCGAUGAGCCCAACGUUCUCUUUCUCACGUACGAGGGAAUGAAGAAGGACCCGGCGGCUGCUGUACUCAAAAUAGCGAAGUUUCUGGACGUCCGCGACGCAGAGUUACUUGAUGCUGAUUCCAACAGGUUCAAAGAGGUCGUGAGGGACAGCAGCAUCGACGCCAUGAAGGAGCACUACAACGCGAGCUACCAGAAGGCCCUGGGAGGCAACGGCGUCGACCAGUGGAUCGAGAGGAAGGACUACCCGCUGGCCCGGGCCCCUCCGCCGCCCGACGUCAUGGUGCGCAAGGGCAUCGUCGGCGACUGGCGCAACCAUUUCACGGCCGACCAGUCGAGGCGCAUCGAGCGCGCCUUCGUCGAGAAGUGCGGUCACGUCGUCGACCACCGGAAGAUCUGGAACCCCGAAGACUGGAUGGAGAACGUGGCGUAACACUGGCAGGUCCACUCGGCGUGGUAGCACCGACGCUGUGGGGCGAACACUCUAUUCCGAUGGCCCCUUGGUUGACCUGAGUCCCACAGAGAGGCCUUAGAAACGCUGGCGUUAGGUCAAGACACUCGCGAAGCUAAGUAAUGGACAAAUGAGCUCUAGAAUGGCCUCCGGAAAUGUGUCCCGAGGCUGCCCUACCAUCCGUUUAUUUUAAAGAUGGAAGGUGUCCGGGCUGUAAAUAGUUGUGCGGAACAGUAAUGCACAUGAAUUCUGCAGGGAGACUCUAAGCUGUUUGCGAAGGCUCGAAACAUAUAAAUUCAGAAAGGUUCUUUGUGAUUCACUACUGCUUUUGUAAUGUUUUAGUUAUUCAGUAAGGUGAUUGUGGAGUUGUCAUUGAUUUUGAAAUAUUUAGGAUGUAACGCAGCGAAAAAUGAGUGACAUUAUGCUUAGGGCAUGUCCUCAUGGUGCUCGUAUCCCCUUUGAGGGCGUCAUGUAUUCAUAGCAGCCAGAGUAUUAUAACUUCACACCAUCAGGGCACUCUCAUAUGAAACGGUGUAAGAUAAGGUAACAAUGAAUUUUUUUGUUCCAGUACUUCAUAUGUAAUGUUCGAAGAAUACCUCGUGCAGCGCGUUACAAGCAGCGUUGUACCACCCCUUUUCUCAAAAAUUUCUCCAAAUGCGCGCCAAGGCACGGAAAAUAAUAUACACCUUAACUGAACGGUACAGUAUAUAUAUUUAUUAGCAGCUCGACAAUUUCGAGCAUUCACAUCAAAAAGCACCGCGAACAGAGUAGAGAGCCUGAUGUUCAAUGUCUCUGUAGCGCUCAAUUCUCAAAAUAUGGGUCAGCCGGCAUAGCAAAAACAAAUCUCGUCAACGGAUAUAGUGGUUAGUUACGCCUGGCAGACUGACAAGUGUCUGUUCACAUUGACGACAUCGGCGCAUUGGUCCCACAAGAAAUAUAGAUAAUAAGUUCCACAUACGAUUUAUGAUAAGAUUGAGCACCGUUGAAGACGUUGGCAAGUGCUGGCUGCAGCCAAACAAGGGUAUGUACAUAAGGACAUCAUCGCAACACGCAGCAGGCCGAGCUCUAAACGUUGGAUAAACAUAUCACUAUAAAAAGGGGAGAAGAAUAAAGUUUGAUCUUGUUA